AUGGUCAUCUUGAUGGAUCCACCCCAGCUCCCAUUCCGAGCACCACUUUUGGAACCAAAAACAACCCCUAAUCAUGCUUACACCCUUUGGUUCCGUCAGGAUCAACUUAUUCAAAAUGCCCUUAUGGCUUCUGUUGACCCUACCAUAGCCUCCAGAGUUGCCGCUGCUAACACAUCAAAACAGGCUUGGGACUCUUUGCACACUUCCUACGCAAACAAGUCCCAAACCCGAAUCUUCAGUCUUCGUGAUCAACUUGCCCGAAUCACCAAAGACACCACUCCUAUCACCGAGUACCUUCAAUGUAUUCGGUCCCUUUCAAAUGAACUUGCUAUUGCACGUGCCCCUGUCACUAAUUCCGAACUCAUUGUCAAAAUCUUCAGUGAACUUGGCUCUGAGUUUUGUGAGAUCUCCGCUGCCAUACGUGACACUACAACUACCUAUGAAGAACUAUAUGAAAAGCUGCUUGACCAUGAGCUCUUUCUUCAUCAUGAGGAAGCUAAGAAAACCACUGGUCCUAUCACAGCAGCGAUUGCCACUCACAACAAGUCAAACAACAACUCCAACAGUCGCAACAAUCGCCGACAAUAUUACAACAACAACAACAACAACAACAACUCUAAACCAUGGCGCCAGAAUACUCGCCCCAAUACUACCAGCUAG